AUUCAAAUAUGUUAAAAAAAUAAUAAAAAAUGAAUAUAAUGAGUAUUCAUUCAAAUGUAACAAAAAAAAUUUCUAAUCAAUUUGGGGGAGGGAGUAUCACCCAUUCACCCCCCUUCCCCACCGCCGACCGAUGGAACGUGACCUUCUCUUUUCCCAUCCUCAAAAGAAGAAAAAAACGAACGUGACCUGAUUCUUCGAGAUUCUCACUGUAACCUCCUCUCUUCAUCACUCCAGAGAGUUCCUCUUUGCGAGAUUCUUUCGUUCACUUUAAGUAUUUGUCCUGUAAUUGGCAGUAGACCAAGGCUGUGUGGAUCUGGAUCGGAUGCGAGUGCCGGAGGAGAAGCAAGGUUCGCCGGAGGUAGCUGAAGAGCCGCCGAUGUCGGAUUCAGCGCGGAAAUCCGAUCAUUCGAGCUCUUCUGAAGUCUCCGUGGCCAUUGAGGACGGCGCACUUGAUGAUGCUGCAGCUACAAAUAUCUCAGGGACUAGUGGUAUGGAAUUUCUUAAAGCAAACAUGAAACAUCCUGAGAUUUCAAAUCCUGAUAAGCCUAAGUCACCUUCUGGAUCUCCUAAGUUGGGAAGGUCAAAAACUGAGAGGCAAAGGCAUCAUAAUAUAUGUGCUGAAGAAGCAGCAAAACUUUUUGACAACAAGCUUCCUGUUCAAAAGAAGCUCCAACUAUUAAACAGAAUAGCUACAGUCAAAGAUGAUGGAACUGUAGAAUUUGAAAUUCCGGGAGAUGUCGGAGUGAUUGUAGAUGGUUCUGAAAACAUGCACACUGAUUUGGAGGACAAACAUCUUGAUGCAAUGGAACUUCAGUAUAUUCCACCAAUGCAGAUAGUAAUGCUUAUUGUUGGAACUCGUGGUGAUGUGCAACCUUUUGUUGCAAUUGGAAAACGUUUGCAGGAUUAUGGUCAUCGUGUCAGACUUGCGACUCAUGCAAAUUUCAAAGAAUUUGUCCUCACUGCUGGGCUGGAAUUCUAUCCUCUUGGGGGUGAUCCAAAAGUUCUGGCCGGAUACAUGGUUAAAAACAAAGGAUUUUUGCCUUCUGGACCAUCAGAAAUACCUGUUCAACGAAAACAAUUGAAAGAUAUCAUAUAUUCUUUGCUUCCAGCAUGCAAAGACCCCGAUAUGGAUACUAAGGUUUCUUUUAAGGCGGAUGCAAUUAUUGCUAAUCCUCCCGCAUAUGGGCAUACACAUGUUGCUGAAGCUCUGAAGAUUCCGAUCCAUAUAUUUUUCACAAUGCCAUGGACGCCGACUAGUGAAUUUCCUCAUCCAUUGUCUCGUGUAAAGCAACCUUCAGGAUACCGGUUGUCAUAUCAGAUCGUUGACUCUUUGAUUUGGCUAGGAAUAAGGGAUAUGAUAAAUGAUUUAAGGAAGAAAAAGCUGAAACUUCGACCAAUCACGUAUUUAAGUGGUUCACAUGGCUUUGAGUUUGAUAUUCCACAUGGAUAUAUUUGGAGUCCUCACCUUGUUCCUAAACCAAAAGACUGGGGGCCUAAGAUUGACGUGGUGGGGUUCUGCUUCCUUGAUCUUGCAUCAAAAUAUGAACCUCCAGAAUCACUUGUGAGCUGGCUUAGGGCAGGUCAAAAGCCAAUCUACAUUGGAUUUGGUAGUCUUCCCGUUCAAGAACCAGAGAAGAUGACCAAAAUAAUUGUUGAAGCACUACAAAGAACUGGUCAGAGGGGGAUUAUUAAUAAAGGCUGGGGUGGCCUUGGUAACUUAGCCGAACCAAAAGAUUUUGUCUAUUUACUGGAUAACUGUCCUCAUGAUUGGCUUUUCCUACAAUGUUCUGCCGUGGUGCAUCAUGGGGGUGCUGGAACAACGGCUGCUGGUCUUCGAGCUGCGGUAUUCCCUAGGAUAUUGCGGGGAGGGGGGGGCAUUUAGUUGUGUGAAUUACGAUGAAGGGUGAAGAAAGCGGAGGAGCUAAAGUCCCUCAAACUCCUCUGCAUAAUUUGAGGGAUUUCGAGGGAGUUAAUUUUCUCUUAAUUUCUUUCACUUUUUAAAUCCGUAUCUUCCCUGUUUGACCCAUGACCCGGCACACAUAUUUAUGAGAGUUGAAGAAACCAUUGACUGGCGGACUGGCCGCAUUCACUCUUGGAUGAAUAGUUUUAAAUAAAGUGAAUACUGUAGAUUAAAAAUGACGAUAUGAUAUGUAAUCGUUAAAAUUGGAAGGGUUAAUUUCUCACUUAAAGCAGACUUCUUUGCCUUAAGCCCAUAACAGACCAAAAAGGUGAGUUUGGGGUGGGGGAGAAAACUAUUGGACGGAGGGAGUAGUAAAAUUGUUCUAUCUUUCCGCUAUAUUGUUUUGCAUGAAUGUGUAGUGUUAAGUAGCUCUAUACAAUUAAUUAGAACUAUUUUAUUUGCAAAAAAAUACUCCGUAUAUAAAAUACAAUAUUUUUACAUAUAUAUCGAAAAUACCAACUCAUUCGCACUUCAUCAUUAGCACAAACAGAAUACGGAGUACAUAAUAUUUUUUAAAUGAACUCCAUUUUCCUCCCAUCCCCUACCCCUUUUUUCCUCCCCUCUUUUGAACCAAAAAAGGUAUAAGAGGUCAUGUUGUAUUUCCAAUUAGCGAUCUAUUACUUUUCUUAUAAUACCUGUCCUCUGGAUCUUUCGCAGUGCCCAACAACUAUUGUCCCUUUCUUUGGUGACCAGCCAUUUUGGGGAGAUAGAGUGCAUGCUAGAGGAGUAGGUCCACAACCAAUACCGGUUGAGGAAUUUUCACUUAACAAACUGAUUGGUGCAAUCGAAUUCAUGCUAGAUCCAAAGGUAAAGAAUCGUGCGGUUGAACUUGCGAAGGCUAUGGAGAAUGAAGAUGGCGUGACAGGAGCAGUUACAGCCUUCUUCAAGCACCUUCCAACCAAAAAAUCUGAAACCAAGCAGGUCCCUUCACCUUCCCAUCCUUUCUCUAUAGGAAGAUGCUUUGGCUGCUCCUAGAUCGUUUGUCUGUAAGCUAAUGUACUGUUUAUAUUUGUGCUAUUGCUAGUAUCGUGUUUUUUCUCUCCUCCCCCUCGUCCCUGUUUUGUCAUAUGAGUAUAUCAAAUCCUUGGGGAGGGAGAUUCAAGACUACCAUCUUCGAUGUUCAAAAGUUGGCUUUCCCCAAUUUGUGUUGGUUUUUUUUUAACUUUUUCGAUUCCAUCAAAAUUUAAUGAAAAGUCUUUUUUGAG